UCUAAGGCGGGGUUUUCGAACGCUAUCGUUUUAUCCUCUCUCUCCUUCCGGGGAAAAGAAGAAGAAGAAAAAAAAAAACGAGAAUCAAAAAAGUAGAGAUUUACAUAUCGGCAGCCGAUAGUCAUGGUUGGCUUCAGCACAGCGCGGGCGCGGUCGUACGCCUUCCGGCUCCCGCUAUUCACUAGGCUGGCGGCGGUCAUCAUCGUCGCCGCCUGGAUCGUGGGCGUGCAGAGCGUCUGGGACCUCAGGGCGUGGGGUGCGCUCGUGCCCGACAAGCUCAACCUGGGGACGAUGUAUCGCACGAACACGUACCCGUUCAUACACGUGAACUUCUUCCACGCCCUCAUGAACGUCAUCGCGAUAGUGCCGCUGCUGGAGAGGUUCGAGGCAGAGUACGGGACUCUGACGUCGUUGGCGCUUUUCUUUGGCCCAUUUUCAACUAUACCAGCGAUUGCAUACGUUUUGAUCGAGAGGGGGAUACUACGGGCUAAUAACACGGUCAUGGGAGCAAGCAUAUGGGUGUUUCUUCUCCUCGGAAUGGAAGCCAUUAGGACGUACAAGACGAAUCCUCACCUGGUCAUUGCAACCCACCAUGUGCCCACUUGGACUACGCCGCUGGCGCUUUGCCUAGUGGUCUCGGCGCUUGUCCCAAACACGUCCCUGCUGGGACAUUUGUGCGGGCUGGCUGUUGGUUACCUGAGUGGCUUGGGAUACCUCAAGUUCCUGUCACCUCCGGAGAAGAUCCUGCGGUGGAUCGAGACCAAGCUCAACCUCCUGGGCCGUCUCCCUCACUACGUCAGUAUAGAUCAGAAGACGUACGGGAGGUUCGGAGUGCUGCCGUCGGCGAGUCCGAAUCCUGGGGCCAGCCCUGCGAUAGGGCUAGUUGGGUCGACGCAGAGACUCGGAGUGUAAUGGAGGAUUUGUAGAAUGAGAGGAUAAAGCAGCUUGUUGGAAAGUAUUCUUCUGUAAUAAUCAUGGACUAUAUACCUUCUUUUCAAAGGGGAUAUUUCCUCAUUUGCGUGUAUAUACUUUGCUUUUUCUUUUCUUUUCUUUUUUUCUUUCCUUUUUUCUUUGCGUUGCUUGGAGCUGUAGCUUCCUGAAUGCCAAGACAGUCAAUUUUUG